AUGGUGCGCUGCACCUACAGCGACUGCCCUGAAGUCUUUGCUUCUGUCAGGGAGAUGAAAGCCCAUAAGAUCAGAGACCCUGAGCAUGACUACUGCCGAAGGUGUGAUCUGGACUUCGAGGAUGAGGAACGUUUGCUUCUUCAUAAGCUCAAGAUGAAUACUAUCGAGCAGCGCAAUGACCACAUUGCCUGUCCGAUCUGCGGUGUUGACUUCAAGAGCGACGGAGGUCGCGCGUUUCAUAUCCGUCAGAACCAUCGCGCUGAUCAGGACCUGGUUUGCUGUGGCUGCCAGGAGCAUUUCAAAACUGCCAGCGCGUUGGUGCGCCAUAUCGAGUUUGAUGAGUGUCUCAGGAUUGAUGGGAAUCGCCUCGUUCAGGAACAGGCCAAGAAGAUCCUGAUCAAGCAGGCCUUGAAAGCAGGCGAAGGAGAUCCCAUGCCCAUCAUCCCCAAGGACGUGGACGACAACGACGACAUCGAGGGUGGUGUCAAGCUUAACAUGCAGGACUUAGAGAACCAGGAGGCAAUGCAGAAUCAGACCAAGUGGCAUGCCCAUGGAUCUUCUACUCUCGACACUACUAUUGACAAGCAUUGGCCGAAGCCUGGAAGCAAGGCAAAGGGAACUACUGCUCGCAAAUCCAUCUCCGGAGACUUGAUGGGCUUUGCGGAACUAUCUCUCAACAGUGGCGAUAAUGAUAAAGAGAGUCCCAGUUCCGCAAAGGAAAAGGGCAAAGCUCGAUUUUCUUCUUCGACUUCUCAGGGAUCCGCCGGCGACGAGGGUGAAAAGAAGUCGGAAGCGCAAGCGAAACCCAAGCUCUGCAAGAGCAACAGUCAGUUCGGUCUCCACGGCAUUCUCGAUGCUGGUCGCAUGCUCCGCAUGCUAAACGGAUCGUGGGACGCGACGGCUUUCUUCAAUUCCUUCCGCGGUACCUACGACUGUACUUGCGGGAAAAGCUUUCUCAGCAUGAACGAAUUCCAGGAACAUGUCCUGGGAAAGACUGGAGCCAAAAAAGACACGGAGUGCCCUGCCUGCUAUAGACAGUUCAAAACUAUCGCUGCUCUUAUUGCCCAUUUCGAAUCACCGUCUACUCGAUGCACCGUCGCUGGCCUCGACGGUUACGGCCAGAUCAUGGAUGAGAUCAGCGGAGGCUUUAUCCAGGUGAACGGAAUCUUGGAAGACGGCACUCCCAAGUACGAAGCUGGCCGGGUUGAUCCUGAGCCGACUGCCACGGGUGCGGAUGAUGAGACUAGGGAGUGGUGAUCCACGAGCUGGCUGGUUGGUAUUGAUCAUUCAAAAGGUUCUUCGGAUGUCCAUCUAUCUUAUCUGACUGGUUUUCUGUCAUCACUCGACUGUCUCAGAGGGAAUUCGGGAAAGAAGCGGUCAAGCUGAACAGGGAAAUGCGGGAUGAAUUGGUUUUACAGGGAAUGGCCAGGCAGUAAACUUAGAAAAUGCAACAAAAAAUGUCUAUUGGAGUAUUCGAA